ACGCCCCAAGAUGAAGUGAGAGGCUUGGCCCCGUCAAAGGGCUCCCUGAGAGCCCCCUCCUUCCUCCUCCUUAACUAGCUGGUCAGCAGAGCAGGGAUUAGGAAAGCCAGCUCCGCUCAGUAACUACAGACACACUGGGGAUUGAAAUAAGCGUGAAUCAUGCCCGUCGUCAUCUGUGUCGGCUGGGAGCGGAGCCGAAAUUGUGAAAGAUACGGAUAAUACCAGGAGGAGGAGGAGAGGUGGAAAGAGUCACGCUCCCAGGUCUCUUCCUUGUGGAAAAAAAUGCCUCUUCGGGGACUCCGCUGCUGCCGCUCGGACCCGUCGCAUUAUGCCGCCCACCUCUCGUGUGUUUUAGUUUAAACAAGACGACGACGAAGAAGAAGAAACUGUGACCUGGAUAAGCCCGAUAAGAGCCGCAUAAACAGGCAGAAAACCUGAGGGCGUGUGGAAUAUACUUCCAAUAUUUUCAUCGAGAGUUAACAAGAAGGAAAAAAAAAGUUGCGGUCUCUUGCUGUUUGUUUUCUAAUUAUAAAAAAGGAGCAAACAUGGGAAACGCAGGGAGCAUUGACCAGCACACCGACCACCGACACAACAUGCCCCUGAAACUGCCCAUGCCAGAGUCGGGGGAGCUGGAGGAGAGGUUCGCACACGUUCUGAGCUCAAUGAACCUUCCUCCAGACAAGGCUCGACUGCUGCGACAAUAUGAUAAUGAAAAGAAAUGGGAACUAAUCUGCGAUCAGGAGCGAUUUCAAGUGAAAAACCCGCCUCACACUUAUCUCCAGAAGCUAAGGAGCUAUCUAGACCCUGCAGUGACACGGAAGAAAUUCAGACGGAGGGUACAGGAGUCCACCCAAGUCCUGAGAGAACUGGAAAUUUCGUUGCGGACCAAUCAUAUAGGGUGGGUGAGGGAGUUCUUAAAUGAAGAGAACAAAGGGCUGGAUGUGCUGGUGGAGUACCUUUCAUUCGCGCAGUAUGCUGUCACUUAUGAUGGUGACUGCUUGGAAAACAAUACAGAUGUUAUGAUGGACAAGUCCAAGACCUGGGGCCGGUCUAUAGAGGACCUGCAUGGAGGGGGUACCCUGCCAGCCCACAUCACGGGGAACGGCAUCACUCGGGGCGGGCGGCAUUCCACGUUACGCUGCAGCACACUGCCGAGCAGGAGAACACUGAAAAACUCCAGACUUGUCUGUAAAAAGGACGACGUCCAUGUUUGUAUCAUGUGCCUACGUGCCAUCAUGAACUAUCAGUAUGGCUUCAACAUGGUCAUGUCACACCCGCAUGCUGUGAACGAAAUUGCACUAAGUCUCAACAAUAAAAAUCCACGAACCAAAGCUCUGGUGUUGGAGCUUCUAGCGGCAGUUUGUCUCGUGAGAGGAGGCCAUGAAAUUAUUCUCUCUGCCUUUGACAACUUCAAGGAGGUAUGCGUGGAGUCGCAGCGGUUUGAGAAGCUUAUGGAGUACUUCAAGAAUGAAGACAACAACAUUGACUUCAUGGUUGCAUGUAUGCAGUUCAUCAACAUUGUUGUGCACUCAGUGGAGGACAUGAACUUUAGAGUUCACCUACAGUACGACUUCACCAAGCUGGGCUUGGACGACUAUUUGGAUAAACUGAAACAUACAGAGAGCGAUAAGCUCCAGGUUCAGAUCCAGGCCUACUUGGAUAACGUGUUUGAUGUUGGAGCGCUACUUGAGGAUGCAGAGACCAAAAAUGCUGCCCUGGAGCGAGUGGAGGAGCUGGAGGAGAACAUGUCGCAUAUGACAGAGAAGCUGCAAGACAUGGAGAAUGAAGCUAUGGCCAAGAUUGUGGAGCUGGAAAAACAGCUGAUGACGAGGAACAAGGAACUUGAAGGCAUCAAAGAAGUCUACAAAGACUCCACCUCGCAGAUUCACUCGCUGAGGCUGAUGCUUAAGGAGAAGGAUGAGGCCAUCCAGCGCCAGAGUAAGCUGGAGAAGAAGAUCCACGAGCUGGAAAAGCAGGGAACCAUCCGGAUCCAGAAGAAAGGAGAUGGAGACAUCUCAAUCCUGCCUUCUUCGCUGCCCGGUGUGGAGGGUCUGCCGGGUACCACAGUGGGGGCAAACGGGACGGCUGCCUGUCAGAACAAUGCAGGAGUUGUAGGAGGCAUGUCUUCUGUACCUGCUCCCCCUCCUCCACCUCCUCCGCCACCAGUCAAUGGGCAAUUGCCAAAUGGACCAUCGAUGGAAAUUCCCACUGCAGCUGCCGCACCUCCACCGCCGCCACCUCCUCCACCGCCAUUACCGCCCCCCGGGUUUCCGUCAGAGAUUUCUGCCCCUCUGCCUCCUCCACCUCCACCUAUGGCGCCCCCGCUUCCCGGAAGUGGGACGCCCACUGUGAUCAUGAAUUCAGGAUUGGCAGAGGGACCCAUCAAGCUUUUCUCUGUUAAGAUCAAGAAACCCAUCAAGACAAAGUUCCGCAUGCCUGUCUUCAACUGGGUAGCCCUGAAACCAAAUCAGAUCAACGGGACCGUCUUCAAUGAGAUCGAUGACGAGAGGAUACUCGAGGACCUGAAUGUUGAUGAGUUUGAGGAGAUGUUUAAGACUAAAGCUCAGGGCCCAACCAUCGACCUCACCACGAGCAAGCAGAAGGUCACUCACAGGGGACCCAACAAGGUGGCCCUGCUGGACUCCAACAGGGCAAAGAACCUGGCGAUCACACUGAGGAAAGUGGGCAAGACGACCGAGGAGAUCUGCAAAGCCAUUCAGCUAUUCGACCUGCGGACUCUUCCGGUAGAUUUUGUGGAGUGCCUGAUGCGCUUCCAGCCCACCGAGAAUGAGGUCAAAAUCCUGCGACAGUUCGAGAAGGAGCGCAAGCCUCUGGAGAGCCUGACUGACGAGGACCGCUUCAUGAUGCAGUUCAGCAAGAUCGAGCGGCUCAUGCAGAAGAUGACCAUCAUGGCCUUCAUCGGAAACUUCAGCGAAAGCGUGCAGAUGCUCACGCCGCAACUUCAUGCCGUCAUUGCGGCAUCUGUGUCCAUCAAGUCAUCUCAGAAGUUAAAGAAGAUUUUAGAGAUUAUUUUGGCACUUGGAAAUUACAUGAACAGCAGCAAAAGAGGAGCAGUGUAUGGAUUCAAGCUGCAGAGUUUAGAUUUGCUUCUUGAUACAAAGUCAACGGACCGGAAAAUGACCUUGCUGCACUACAUCGCCAACGUGGUCAAAGAGAAAUACCCACAAGUGUCUCUGUUCCACAAUGAGUUGCACUAUGUUGAAAAGGCAGCAGCAGUGUCGCUGGAGAACGUCCUGCUGGAUGUUAAGGAGCUGCAGAGAGGCAUGGAGCUGACCAGGAGAGAGUACAGCAUGCACGGUCACAACACCAUGCUGAAAGACUUCAUCACACACAAUGAGAGCAAGCUGAAAAAAUUGCAGGAUGAUGCCAAAAUUGCACAGGACGCCUUUGAUGAGGCUGUGAAGUUCUUCGGAGAGAACUCGAAGACAACGCCGCCGUCUGUUUUCUUCCCAGUGUUUGUGCGAUUUGUGAAAGCUUACAGGCAAGCGGAGGAGGACAAUGAGCACAAGAAACGGCAGGAGCAGCUCAUGAUGGAGAAACUUCUAGAACAAGAGGCUAUGAUGGAGGAAGACCAGAAGUCUCCCUCCCAUAAAAGCAAGCGGCAGCAGCAGGAGCUGAUCCAGGAGCUCAGGAGGAAGCAGGUGAAGGACAGCCGUCACGUCUACGAGGGCAAAGACGGCGCCAUUGAGGACAUUAUCACGGAUUUGAGGAAUCAGCCUUACAGGCGAGCGGACGCCGUGCGGAGGAGCGUCAGAAGGCGCUACGACGAUCAGAACCUGCGGCCGAUGAACAAUGGAGAAGUGGUCAUGUGACGAGGGGAAACAGAGGAUGUGCAGGAGAGGAUGGGAGGAGAGGAACGUGGAUGGACGGUGGGAAGGAAAGUCCAAUGCAGAACGAAGGAUAUCGGGUGUUUGUAGCAAAUAACGAGAGGACUAUAAAUGUGCUAAUAUCACACAAUGAAGGACUGAGACGUGUUUGGGACCGAAUUUAGGGUAGAAAUCAAGCCAAGUGCCUGAACUUUUUUUGUUUUGUGAUCUUUUUUUGUCUUCUGUGUGAAUGUUUUAAUUAUAACUCCAGUCCCCCGGUACCCAUAAGCAAUACAACUUGAGUUGGCUUUAAUGUUAAGAUAUAAAACUGGACAUGCAGUGGCCUUAGGAGCCAUGUGAAACAGUUAUCCUGGAAAAGCUACCUUAGAAUGUACUGGAAGUUUUUGCCCCUUUCCUCUGUUUCUUGACUUUUGACACAUUCCGGUGCUCUCGUUCAUUCCCCACAAACGUUUUUUAAUCAUCUCAUUCUUCUUUUAAUAAAUCGGGGUGAGCUGGCAUGAGGAAAGUGAGCAAAAUGUAUUUAAGACUAUAUUUUUACUAAAAUAUGUUUAAAAAAAAGUUAAAAUAUGCUGAAAAAAAUAGACCACUCUAAUGUGAACUGUAUUUAUUGCCGACAUCUACGUACUUUCUAUAGCGCCUGGCAAAAGUAUUUGUACUGCUUAAACUUUUUGUUUUUAUUUGGAAUUUAUGUUAUAGAUCAACACAAAGUGGUGAAUAUUUGAAGGACACUAAAUCAUGGUUUUAGAAAAGAAAUUGACUUAAAAAGUGUGGCAUGCACUUAUUUUCAUGUGCCUCUGGCACAUGAAAAUAACACUCUCCUUUACUCCUUACCUUAUAAUCUUUCUCAAGGAAUGUAGUUGCAUUUUUGAUUUGACUGUCAUAAGGCAACAAUCUACUUGUGCACCUUCUUUCAAAUGUUGGAGUUGAUUUUGUGAUGUAGAUGCCUAGGACUAUGUAAGUGAUGCUUUCUUGAGAAUCAAUAUAGAUAAAAAUAAAAAGAGAAGUAAAAAAGAAAAUAACACCAUAGUACAAAAUACCCCAAAGAGUGCUAUAUGAGCGCAAACAAAAUAAUAUUAACAGUGGUUCCCAUAUAUAGCUUUUUGGUGAUAAAACACAUUUAUUUAGAAAAUGUAAUUCCUUCAUCCACAAAGAAACAUUACACUAUAACAAAGGACAGAAAAAAGAAAAAGACAAAAGAAAAAAACCAUUAUAGUAGACAAUAAGCCAGGGAGUGCCAAAUAUACAUAAAUAAAAUAAUAUUAAAAACAAUAGCUUCCAUAUGUAGAGUUUAAGGACAUAAAAAACAUUUUCUGUAGAAUUAGAUAAUGUAAUUCUUUCAUUCACAAAGACCAUGACAUAAAAACAAAGGACACAACAAAGAAAAAGACAGAAGAAAAAAACACCAUGAUAGACAAUAAGAUAGGGAAUGCCAAAUAAACACAAAUCAAAUAAUACCAACACCAAUGGCUCCCAUUUUUAGGAGAAAAAACACAUUUUCUCUUUCCUCAAGAAAAGUAUCCGUCUUGUUUUCAGAAAGAUCUUGUAAUGAAACUGCGCUUUCUUCAACGAUACUGUCACCAGAUGUCAUUUUCUGUAGAACCAAGCUUACGUCUUCUUUCUUGAUGGUCGCUGCUUCAGAGAAAACUUCCCCAGCAGGGGAAGGAUAGAAAGAAAGAGAAUCGAUGACGAUGUUUCCAGACGAGUAAACUUCCCCAGCCGGGGAAGGAUCGAAAGGAAGAGGAUCGAACUCAUCACUACUGGAGAAGCAAACCUCCCCAGCCGGGGGAGGUUUGGAUCAAAUAGGAAAGAGUCAAACUCAUCAUAAAUAGAAAAGCAAACUUCCCCAGCCGGGUAGGUUUGCAUUUCAUUCAAGGAAGGGUUGAAAAGGAAAGAAUCAAAAUCAUCAUAACCAGACAGAUCAGAAAGAUAAGAAUCACAAAUAUCGUUAUCUGAGAAGCAAACCUCCCCAGCCGAAAACAUCGUACUCAGAUGGAGUGUUCUUUUCCUGAGAGGUACCUCUUUCGUCUUCUCCACCAGGAAAUAGUUGAUCACAUAAUUUCCUCAUUCCAGUUGUAACAACAUAACCGAUGCCAAAACCAAGAGGAAAACACAAGCCGACUAGCAUUUCCGCCAUCGUGAAAAUUCUUGUGAUGAAACAGUGCUGAGUUUCAAAGAGUUGGUUGAAUAUGAACUGGUGUUCUGAAACACAAGCAUUUAUAGCCUCAGGUGUUCUUUGAUCUAGAGCCGCAUGUCAUAGAUGAGGUCUCAAAAUAAACAAGAAUGGUUGUAAAUAGCUAUGAUGUUUGAUUCUGGGGAAGAAAGAGUAGGGAAUGUUUUAUAGGUUGUUUUUAGCCCAAAACUAUAUGUAAAACAACAUCCUUGGGACUAAACCGAGUCACUAAAACCAACUUGAUUCAGGAACAAGUGCAAGUUGUAAUUAGGCAAUGAAAAAUAAAUCAAUUAAUCACAUGAUAAAUUCAAACUAUCAACCUCAUUUCAAUUAUCAGCUUUAUCAUUUCUUCUGGCCUUUUUCUCUUUCUGUUGUUGAUACUGAAUGAAAAAAGGCUCAACUCCAGUGCUCUCCACUGACCCUGCCAUCCUCAUUUCCUUAGUGUAAUGCCCAACGCAUUACACGCUCUUGGAGCUGUCGGCCGAUUGUCACUGAAAUUUGUCGAGCCCACUUCAGUUUUCUUUUUUUUCCAAUUCCACAAAUGAGCACUAAUUUGUGUUGAUCUAUUGUUUAAAAUCAGAAUGGGAUACAAACACUUUUGCAAGACACCACAUAUUUGCUGGUAUAUUCAAUGAAAAAUAAUCAGAUUUUGUAGUUUUUAACUGAAAACUGUUCCUACUUCAACUUCAAUUUAAAUAUUUGCUUUAGUUUUAAAUCAACAGCCUUUUCUGUGAUUUUGGGAACAACGUAUGAGAACUAAACAAGCCUAAGCCAACAUAACUCUUACGAUGUUCUUAAACUACCCCACAUAAUGACUUUAGUAAAACUUGAUACAACUGAACAAUAAGUUGCUACUGUCUUCUCACUUUACUGUAUUUUUAAUGUAUAGUAUUUAACCACUGAAACAAACCAUUAAAGCUUUUCAUAUUGUGUGUUUGUCAUUAAAGGCAUGACCACACAAAAUUUUCCUGUACAGAUAUUUUUCUACAUUUUUUUUUACUUACUUUGUCAGAUGGUUAAUAAUGUACAUAUUGUUAAAACAAGUAUUCUUUGCCUUGUGCUAUACAACUUUGAAUGUUAUUUUAACUUAUAGUUUUGUUGUUGUUGUUUUUUUUCAGUUUUUGUGUAUUUAAAUAAGCCAAAUGCAGGCAUAAAUCCACAAUAGUAUGUUUUAAUCAGAAUAUUUCACUGUUGCACAGAAGGCACGGGAUCAUUACGUUUGUUUGGGUUGCAGGUGCAUCACUAAAUGCUCUGAUAUAAAAGCAUUAACACAUUUCAGCUGAAUGGCCACACUAACCAUCAAAACUAUUAGUUGGCCUGUAAUGAACUGACAGAGCGAUACUGCGUCCUGUUAAAGAUAGUGCUAUUCUGCUUGUUUUUUUUUCCUCUCAGCUUCACUGUGUUUAAUUACAUGAUGCUUCCAACUGGGUGGUACUGGCAAUUUCUCCUCUCACUACAAAUGUAUUGUAGACCGGUCUCAGUUCUAAAUAACCCUGUUUUUAUAUCAUUCAAUAGGUGAUAAGAGAUUUUCAAGAUAUAUAAAGAACUAUUUACACUGAAUAAAGGGUUGUGUGUUGUGGA